UGCGUCAGAAGAUGGCAACUGAUUCUUUAGACCCCUCUGCUAGUGGAGAUGGCUGCAGACCUAGUCGACUUUGCGAAGUGGCAGCGGGUUCUUCUCUAGCUGCAUCUGCACCGCACGCGUUUGACAGUACCUCGGUCCACGCGUUUAUUACGUAACAGGAACGCAAGGGCAAACUUUUGGUGACAUUUUUACGCACAGAUUCCCAGUCUGCACGAGUAGACGACCAUUGCGUUGUUCUCUUACUACUUCAACCGCGCGAUAUUCAGCAAAAGAAAAAAGAAAAAAAAAACCCAAAGCGCCACGAUGCAAGUUUAUAUAGCUGUGGCAUUCGCUUACGGAGUGUGGGCACUCAAUAUGACAGAGGAGAGGAGGACUUGCCCACUAGGAUAUUUCCCCUGUGGGAACCUGACCUUUUGUCUCCCUCAGCUCAUGCACUGCAACGGUAUCGAUGACUGUGGAAAUCAAGCAGAUGAGGAGAACUGUGGAGAUAAUAAUGGAUGGCCCCAUCUUUUUGACAAGUAUUUUGGAAUGCCGAGUCAUAACGCCAGGACCAAGUCCAAUGUAUGCUUGCUUGGUGUGGUUCCUGAGCUCUGCCUGUGCCGGGACCUGGAGCUCGACUGUGACGGGGCUCAUCUUCAAGAUAUCCCAGUGGUAGCAAUGAAUGUCACUAUGAUGUCCCUACAAAGGAAUGGGCUUCAGAAACUUAGAGCGAACAUAUUCUUUAAGUACCAGAGCCUGCAGAAACUAUAUCUCCAGCACAACAAGAUUCAAGAUGUGAGUCCUGAUGCAUUUAGAGGGCUGUAUAACCUGACAAGACUAUAUCUGAGCAACAACAGGAUAUCGGUUUUAAUGCCUUGGGUGUUCAGGGAUCUGCACAAACUUGAGUGGUUGAUUCUUGAAAAUAACAACAUCCAUCAAAUAUCCCCCACGACCUUUUCAGGACUGAACUCCCUUGUUCUAUUGGUUUUGCUGAACAACUCUUUGACAAAGCUGGAUGACAUCUGUCGAGAAAUGCCCAGAUUAAAUUGGUUGGACCUGGAAGGAAAUCUCAUUGAAGUGAUUGGCAAUGCCUCAUUCAGCUCAUGCACCAUGCUGACAGUUCUGGUUCUGCAGCGAAAUAGGAUCAGCUACGUACAUGAACAGGCUUUCUCAGUCCUGCAAAAGCUUGGAGAAUUGGAUCUAUCCAGAAACAGACUGGCAGGAAUCCCUCCGAAUCUCUUUGUCUUACUUGAGGAUUUGCUCCAGCUAAAUAUAUCGUACAAUCCCAUCAUGGAGCUGCAAGUUGACCACUUUGAUAAGUUACAUAAGUUAAAAUCAUUGAGCAUAGAAGGAAUAGAAAUUGGAAACAUUCAGCGAAGGAUGUUUGAACCUCUCAAAUACUUGACUCAUAUCUACUUCAAGAAAUUCCAGUACUGUGGCUAUGCUCCUCAUGUGCGUAGUUGUAAGCCCAACACUGAUGGAAUCUCAUCCUUUGAGAACCUACUGGCCAAUAUUGUGCUGAGGGUCUUCGUCUGGGUUGUGUCUGCUACCACCUGCUUCGGCAAUAUCUUCGUCAUCUGCAUGCGGUCGUACAUUCGCUCAGAGAACAAACUACAUGCCAUGUGCAUCAUCUCCCUCUGCUGUGCAGAUGGGUUGAUGGGCAUCUACCUCUUCAUGAUCGGUGCAUAUGACCUAAAGUUUCGAGGCGAGUACAACCGGCACGCCCAGGCGUGGAUGGAUAGCAGCCAGUGUCAGGUCAUUGGCUCUUUGGCCAUGCUGUCCACUGAAGUAUCUGUCCUGCUCCUCACAUAUCUAACGCUGGAGAAAUACAUCUGCAUAGUCUACCCUUUCCAGUACUUGACUCCUGGCUGGCGACGAACUGUCACCAUCCUUCUUGGGAUAUGGGUGUUUGGUUUUAUUAUUGCCUUCCUCCCAUUAGUUUGCAAGGGGCUGUUUCGCAACUUUUACGGGACCAAUGGUGUCUGCUUUCCACUGCACUCUGAACAACCAGAGACUCUAUGGGCUCACGUUUACUCCGUCGUUAUUUUCCUGGGUCUUAACCUGGUGGCAUUCCUCAUCAUUGUCCUCUCCUAUGCAAGUAUGUUUUAUAACAUCCAGAGAACAGGCACUCAGACCACUAAAUAUAGCAACCACAUCAAAAAAGAGGUGACCAUUGCCAAAAGAUUCUUCUCUAUCGUCAUUACUGACUCUCUCUGCUGGAUCCCCAUUUUCAUCCUCAAGAUCCUCUCGCUGCUGCAGGUGGAGAUUCCCGGUACCAUCAGCUCCUGGGUAGUCAUAUUUAUUCUCCCCAUCAACAGCGCACUUAACCCCAUCCUUUACACACUAACAACACGGCCUUUCAAAGAGACUAUUGUGCAGGUGUGGGCUAACUACAGGCAGAGGAGGCCCCUCCUUAGCAGACACCCAGCUCAUCAUCCAUCGCUCACUUGGCAGGAAAUGUGGCCCCUGCAGGAAAACAGCCAUAGUGUCAGCGUGGGGCAGGAAUUUGAAGCAAAUGGCACAAAGCCCAAGCUCACGCCUGUGGAAAAUACUAAUGAGGGGUACAAUGACAUUAAAGCAUCAACCAGAAAGCAGGAAACACAACAUACUCGUAUGUUCUAAGACUGAAACACCACCACAUACACACAUUCACACAGGCACACAAACAAAUUAACUUAUGUAACUGUCUAAUGGUAGAGGUACAUGUACAUGUUUGUAUUGUCAACAAAACCUCACCUCAGUAAACUCAAUUUCAUUUAAGUUCGUUCAUCUCAGCAGUUCAUAUUUACCCUCAGUUUAGUCACUUGUUAGUGCCUACAUUCUUUGCAGUUUAAAAGGAUUAGUUCUGGUAUUUUUUUUUUUUUUUGUCCUUUUCCCUCAAAAUGUAACAGUGCAUGUGUGCAUGACCGGCAACGGUAACAGCCAUCACAGCAGAUAGGGGGACAUACUUCAUAAAAGAAUUUCUUAAAUUAAGAAAACAUGCUCCCUUUGAAUCCUGUUAAAGCCAGGCAAGUAAAAUCUGGAGAACCGAAUCUCUUAUCAGUGACAAAAAGCUAAUAAUGAUAAUAACAAUGGAUUAAUAUGCAAACUGAAUGAUUCCCAUCAAUGACUUGACUGAAGCUCUAUUCAAUGGGUGAGACACAUUGAAUAUUCCAUAGGAUUAAAAAGAGUAUAAACAUUUAGGACAUUAAUAGAUAGGGCAAUGAAGGGCCUCAUAAUUAUGACCUAGUGGCAGAGGCUAUACAACAUGACACAUUCAACCAAUCUACAAGUACUUUCUCUAAACUGAAUGCUUUCUAACUACAUUCACACUCCGACAGAUGCAUUGGAGAGCAACUUGGGCAAUUGAUACUUGGCAUGCAGACUGGAGGAGCCAGGGAUUGAACCACCAACCUUCCGAUCAAUAGGCGACCUGCUCUACCCACUGAGCUACCGCCACCCAUUUGAAUUUGACUUUAUUUUUAUUAUUUAAUUAAAUUAAAUUAUGUGACAUAUUCGUAACAUCCCAAACAAGGGUAUUUGAGAGAAUCAGGAAAUGCACAGGAUGACAUUAAGGAAAAGAAUGGGCUUGGGAUUUCAGCCGCUCAGGGCCAUUGAGAUCCAAUUGUUUGACUAGGAUGGCUUUUUUUUUUUAAAUAUGUAGGUGAGUAUCUACUGAAACAGUGCGCAUUUGACAGAAAAAAAACUUUACUUACUAUUUUACUUUCCUCACAGUUGCUCAGCAGUGAUUUUUAUUGUCAGGAACUCCACAACAAAAGAGACUGUUAAGACAAAAAACAAUAUUGCACGACUAUUAGAAUACAAGGCUUGCUAUAUCUCUAUGGCUACAACAGCUCUCUGCCAUUCAAAAAAAAAUAUGCCCAGCUGGAUAUUAUUAAAACUUUUAUUAAAAACUAUUUACAAACUUUAGCUUCCGGAAAUCUGAAAAGAACAGAGAGAUAUUUUAACACAUUGGUUCUCCUGAUCGUGUCCUUGGAGUAAUAAAAGCUUAUAGCACUUUUCUUUCCCUAAAGCAAUUUUUUUUUAUUGGGGGGGUGAAAAGAUAAGGAACUAUACAUACAGUAUAGUACAGUAUAUGUCUGUCACAUUAUGUCCACACUGCUUGAUGCUGCUACACUUAGAAUUGCAGUUGGUCACAUUUAUUACAUUGCUUACUAUCUGCCUCGUUCAAGAUUUAUCUUGGUUAAGACCCAUUGGCAUGCCACACAUUUCUAAAGUGUAGCUAGGUCGUCGUUAUUAUGUGUCUCGAUACCUUUUCCCUUCAGGUCUAAGGUGCCAGUGACAACUAAGAAAGAUACUGCAUACUCCACAAGUUUUUUCAGAGUUGCAUCCACCUUUGAGCCAUCUCUUGUGAUGAGGACCUGUUGGACUGCAAAUAAAUGAGAUGAAAAUAAACCUGCAUCCUUGUUUUGCUCAGAUGAAACAGGAGAUGAGUAUUCCAAGCAUAUUCACUGAGUGUUGCAGUCCUUUUGUUAUUUUCUUGGCUCAAGUAGGCCACUCAUGCAGCGAUGAGUGGUUUGUGAUGCAAUGUGAAUUUGAUAGUCCCCAUACGUGUGUGAUAUAUUUAAAACUAGCUGGGUCCCCAUGAGUCUGUCACACAUUUCUUAGGUUUAGUCGGCUCCUCAUUAUUAUGUGUCCCAGUGUCUUUUUCCCUGGGAUGUGCCAUCAAAAUAAAGAGAAAUCCCCAAUUUCAUUCUGUACAUGCCCUCACUUAUACCACAGUGAUUGUGAUUUUACACUUAGUCUCUGAGAGAUUUGGUAUUUGUUAUUGUAUGAACUGAAGAGUUGCCUAUAUUUUUAUUCAUUGGCUUUUGACACAGUUUGACCCUGGUUUUAGUGCUUUAAUUCGAUCUAAGGUGCUGAUUUUAUUGUUUUAAUUUAAUUUAUUUUAAUGUGCUUUUCGUUUUUCAUGUUAGGUGUACGACACUUUGUUUUCAGCUGGGAGUUGUCUGAAAGUGCUAUAUAAAUAAAUUGCUUGCUUGCUUGAAGCAAACCUUUCAGGUUUGCAUUAACAAGUUAAGCUUGUAACAGUCAGAAAGCUGGAAAUGAGAUUGAUCAGCUCAAAAUAAGAUGAAAUAGAGACAAAAACAACUCACUAAACUUCUACUUUCUGAUAUAAAGAAGCACGUAUCUGUGCUGCAGUUAUGCCAUUUUAAAUCUACAAGCAAACUAAAACCCUGGACUGCUUGGUUUUGUUUGGGGUUAUUUGUAUUUACAUCAUUACAGUUACAUCAUGGGUUGGAGGCUGCCAAUGUUUCUUGGUCAAGACUCCAGUUUAUUGGUACAUCACUCAGAGUGAGAAAUGGGUUAUGUACAGACAUUGAUAUGUUCAGAGGACAAUACUGGUGUCCACCCUAAACGUAAAUAAACAGAAAAGGUUUCACUGACAUCACAAACUGAAUUCACAUGUUCCAAAAUAACUGCCCCCAGUAAGUCCUGGACUUUUCAGGAUGGCUGCCAGGAUGGCACAACACUUGCUUCUAGAAGAAAUAUGCUGCUGAUUAGGAAUGGUAAAAUGGUAAAUGGCCUGUAUUUAUAUAGCGCUUUACUAGUCCCUAAGGACCCCAAAGCGCUUUACAUAUCCAGUCAUCCACCCA